UACACCUGCCGCAGUGUUGGCAAACGGGGAAAAUCAUCAAAAACAUAAAAACAGGAAAAACUAUGAAAAUCCCAUCAAAAUCUUGGCAAAUACGCAAAACUAUAUAAGCUGGACAAAUUUAAACACAUAAAAGCCGCCACGAGCAUCGAGGAAAUAGCUGCAAUGGAACCAUCCGCUUGUGAAGAUCUUAAGGCAUUCGAGCGGCGCCUCACUGAAGUGGUUUCAUCGUACCGGCCAUCAACGUUCCGCUGGCGCACAUCUCUUUUAGUUGUCCUCUCCGCCAUGUCGAUGUGCACGGCCAUUAGCGCCUGGUACUGGCUACGCGACCCGCGCACUGUCUCCGUCCCGCUUACGGAGUCCCUAUGGAUUCAUCCCGUGUUCACAAUCGCCACCCUGACUCUGAUCGUGCUCUUCAUCCUGGGCAUACAAAAACUGGUGAUAGCUCCGCAAAUUAUCACAUCCCGAACGCGGACAGUGCUCGGGGACUUCAACAUGAGCUGCGAUGACACGGGGAAGCUGAUACUGAAGCCACGCCAAAGCAAUAACAACAGCACCUGAGCCACUCGCUUCCAAUGACAAUCAAUUAGUUAAUUUCUUUACUAUCACUUACCCUUUCCUUUUCGACCCUAUCUUAUGUUAUACCGGAUACCCUAGAUUUGUAAACGAAAUUAUUGAAUGUGCCCCUUCUUCACUCUUUUAAUUUUUAAUUAUAGAAGCUCCAUUGUACAAACAAAAAAAAAUGAGAAAAAAACAUUGUUAAGAUUUAAUGUGUUUCGUUAUGGCGUUACCCAUCGCUGCCAAAUACAACAAGCAACAUUUAAAAACUUAA